AACUCCAUUUUAUUUCAGAGCGCAGCUGAGCCAGCCCGCUCCUCAACACUCUGCCGUCUGCACCGCUGUGGCUGGGACCGGGCAGUGCUGCACAUCCCAAAGGCCACCAAGUCACACCCGUGUCCCUGCUGCUUUGCCGGGAGCUUCUGCGAUGCGAGCGAUGUUUUGGGGGCUGAUCUCUUGGACUGCAGCUACUCCAUGCCUGACCGGCAGCUGGUCAGGAGGGUUGCGUCCCAGGUGGAAUUCCACCUCUCUGACGAGAACCUGGCCAAGGAUGCUUUCCUCCUGAAACAUGUCCAGAGGAACAAGGUGGGCUUUGUCAGCAUCAAACUGCUGACGUCCUUGAAGAAGGUAGGCAGCCCGUUGCGUUGGCCAGCCGGGGUGGGAGUUUCUUCGACCGGCUUUUCGGUAUCAUGGGUCCCCAUCCCUGAGUCCCUGCUGAGCAUCCCCCCCAGCAAACUGCUGCUGGCCUGGGAGCUGCUGCUCCUGGAGCAGGACAUGCUGCUGCUGCUCCAGAAGAAUUUCCUCAAGACCAUCACGAGGAUGUUCAGCCCCUUCGGCACCAUCGCCUCCAUCCGCAUCCUGCGGCCGGGCCGCAAGCUGCCCUCAGGUGUGCGGAAAUACACGUCAGACUUCCCCGAGCUGCUGAGCAAGCACUGCGCGCUGGUGGAGUACAAGAGCCUGGGGAGCGCUUCAGCCUUGAGGAGCCUUGAGGACCUCGGCCGCCAGAGCGGUCCGUGUGGCGAGAGCAUCAGGGUGGUCCGGCUCUGCAGGAAGGGCUCCAAGAAGACACCCGGGUCCGAGAGGGAGGUGGCGGAGGAGCUGGUGGACCAGCCGGGUUGGAAAGCGCAGGCGGUGGCCGCGACCUUCCCCGACGGCCUCGGGGACUCCCUGCUCUGCAGCUCCCCGGAGCUGAACGGUGCCCAGGCGUUGCCACCCCUCCUCCUGCACAAGGACCCCUCGGCACCCUCCCGGCCCGGCAGCAACUUCAAGCCCAGCAAUUUCGGCAACGGCUUCAAUGGAUUGCUCCUCGCCAGCAAAGUCUUCCCUCCACUGGGGACAGGCUUGGGCACAGGCAGCUGCUACGGCCUCUGCUCCAGCACUGAGAGCACCCGUGGCUGCGGCUGGGGGAGUGGGGUGGGUGCCUGGGCACCCUGGCCCAGCAGCCCCUCUCCAGAUGCCAAACCUCUUGCCGGCAAUCCUCCGGCAGCGACGUGGGUGCCUGAGCCCCUCGGAUGCGGAAACUGUCUCCUCCGGGAUCAACCCAAGCCUCCUCCCAGUUAUCUCUCAGAGUCUUCUGACCUCUGCUUUUGGUACCGGAGAUCGCAGCUACCUGCCUCAGGCUCCUCCAAGCGAAUCCCAUCUGACACCAGCAGGCCUGGGGCCGUGCCGGCCACCCCAUUAUCGAAAAAACCCAAAAGUCUGGCGGGGACACCAGCCACGACCCACGUAUUAACGGACCGGCGGGGGGGGGACGGACUGACUGACAGCGGCGGGGCGGGGGUGUCGCCCCCCCUCCAGGCGCUGGGGGACGGCAUCGCAUCCCCCUCGGCCGCCCCUUCCUUCCCCAGGCAGAAGAAACGGACGGACACACGGCCAUGGGGGCUUCCUCCCCUGAACCGCUCCGCUCUGCCACAGUGCAACUGUAAUUGCCGACAAGGUAACAGCAACUAUCGAUCCCAGGAGCACCUGGUGUCUAUACAGUAUUUUGAUACAAACUUAUCAUCUCCAAGAAAAUCAGGGAAGUGGGACAUCCUCCUCCUGACAGAACCAGUGCUAAAGAAGAUCAACUCACGGAUAGCUUCCCUUAUUUAUGGCUUGUUCUCCGUCUGGUCAACUCUCUAUCCAUUCCCUGGUCCUCACCGCUGUUCGUCUCAUUGUACAGCCCCCCAGCAGAAGGGACCGAACCCUGGUGCACUCAGCCUGUACCACGAGCAUCGCCUCAUUCUGCCAGACACAUUACCCCGUCAGACGGCCACACGUCGCUACUGCUGCAGUAACAACCAGUAA